UUGACGCUGCCAUUUCAUUGGCUGCCACAAGCUGUCGUCGAUCUGAGACUUUUACGUUCGUAGACGAGGCUUCACUUCCGCGGGCGUCGAUACAACACGUUGCAACGAAGGGAAAAUUGUAUGGUGUGCGAUUAAUAAGUACGACAUGCCAUUGUAAAUUUUAGUGAAAAAGGAUUUUGGAAGUCUGAUGAAGCUCUGCUUUUUGCAAUUUUCAAGUUCAUUAUGAAAGUUAGUUUCGUUUGAGAGAAGGAGGUGCAGAAAGAAGUUGUCAGUUUGGCCUAAACGUUGUUGGAGCAAUCAUGGUAUAUGUUGCAUUUAUUCACCCAGAUCUCGGCAUUGGCGGAGCUGAAAGGUUUGUCGUUGAUGCAGCAGUGGCACUUAAAACCAAAGGACAUAAAAUUAGAAUUUUUACUUCACACCACGAUGCCAAGCAUUGUUUCAGGGAAACAAUUGAUGGAACUCUCGAUGUCACCGCUGUUGGGGACUGGCUGCCUAGGCACUUAUUUGGACGUUUACAUGCCUUAUUUGCUUACAUUCGUAUGAUAUUCGUGGCGAUGUAUUUAGUGUUUGUUUCUGACUUUUGCCCAGACGUAAUAUUUUGUGAUCAGGUGUCCGCAUGCAUACCGUUUUUAAAGCUGCGAGGAAAAUUCAGAGUUAUGUUUUACUGCCAUUUUCCAGAUCUUUUGCUCACCCAAAGGAGAAAUAUUGUUAAAGCUAUCUACAGAAAGCCAUUAGAUUGGCUCGAAGAGACAACUACAGGAAUGGCAGAUUAUGUCAUGGUGAACAGUAAAUUUACAGCAGAGACAUUCAGGGAGACAUUCAAAUCACUAAAGAACUUGCCUGUCACAGUCUUAUACCCUGCCAUCAAUAUCAAAAGCUUUGAAAUUGAUGCAGACAGGAGUGUUUUGAAGGAUAUCAUACCUCCCACUUGCAAAUAUAUAUUUCUAUCCAUUAACCGAUAUGAGAGAAAAAAGAAUCUUGCUUUAGCAUUGGAGUCAAUGAGGGAGUACAAAAUGAAAGUUGAUGAGGAUGUAUGGAGAAAGACACAUCUGAUAAUGGCUGGAGGAUAUGAUGACAGAGUUAUUGAAAACAAAGAGCAUUAUGUAGAACUCAGAAGAUUCGCAGAAGAAAAUGGUUUAUCUGACCAUGUUACUUUCAUCAGAUCAUUUAGUGACAAGGAAAGAGUGGCACUGUUGAAGUUUUCAACUUGCUUACUUUAUACUCCAAGCAAAGAGCAUUUUGGUUUAGUUCCCAUUGAAGCUAUGUACAUGAGAUGCCCAGUGAUAGCAUGCAAUUCUGGCGGGCCUCUUGAAACUGUUUUAAAUGAUGUAACUGGCUUCCUUUGUGAUCCAAAUCCUCUGGCUUUCUCAACUGCAAUGAAGAAAAUAGCAGACAGAGGUCCAUCUGUUGAAGUAUUAGGAAAUGCUGGUUAUGAUCAUGUCUUAGAAAAUUUUUCGUUUGAAAGAUUCAGUGAAAAACUAGAUAAAGCUGUGAAGAUGCUGGUUUUCACAACAGAGAAAAUGGGAGGACUAGCUGCACCAAGCUCUAAAGUAUUGAUUUGUUGCCUCUGCAUUGCCAUUGGAGCCAUUGCUGUCUACUGCAUAUCAAUGACCAUGCUUAUCAACUUUACUUAGUAAUAAUUGCCAUUUAGAGUUAAAAAAAUCCUUGGUCAAAAUUAUGCAAUCAGUAA